AUGGCCAAGCGGCGGGCGGCUGAGCCGCUGACAUUCCACGUGCCUUGGAAGCGGCUCCUGCUCUGCGACUUCACGGACGAGCCGCCGCCGCUCUGGGUCCCGCCGCACGGGGCCUCGCAUCUGGGACAACCCCUCGGCGUCCCCGAACUGCCCCGAAAGCGCAAAAUUGGUGCGGGUGCCAUGACCGAGCCCUCAGUUUUGCCCAGCAAGCGCCGCGACGGCGGAGACGGCAGUGCAGCCGGCAACCCGGGCAACGAGGAAGGGGAGGGCCGAAGCACCGCCCCCGGGGAACCCCCUGAGCGGCUCCGCUGUCCGAGAGAGGAGCCCCACGGCGGCCGGCCCCAGAGGGGCGGGGGCGACGAGGGGGCGGGGCGCGCAGCGGCCCCCAGGCCGAACUGGGGGGCCGAGCCUCGCCAGCUUGUUGAAGAAUUUUGGCAGUAUAAUACUUUCCAGUACUGGAGGAACCCUUUACCACCAAUCAAUUUGGCAGACAUUGAAGAUAUUAAUGAAGAAAAGUUUUCAGAAGCAGCUCUUCAGGGCAAGAAUGAAGUGGCUGAGAUUGACAUGGAGUCCUGA